AUGGUGAACAGCAGUAUGGUGACAGAGUUCCUUCUCCUUGGAUUUCCAGACCUCCUCUCUGUACAGAUCGCUCUCUUUUAUAUCUUUCUUGUGCUGUAUGCCCUAACCCUAACAGGAAAUGUUCUUAUCAUUGCUACAACUUCAUUCAGUUCUGAGCUCCACACUCCCAUGUACUUCUUCCUCAGUAAUCUAUCUUUCCUUGAGAUAUUUUAUACCUCGGUCACCAUUCCGAAAAUGCUUCUUAAUUUUAUCUUUAAGACCAAUUCCAUUUCCUUCAUGGGCUGUGCUGUACAGAUGUAUUUAUUUGUAGCCUUGGGCAGCAUCGAGUGCUCCUUGCUUGCCGUCAUGGCUUAUGACCGUUAUGUGGCCGUCUGUGAUCCCUUGCAUUAUGUGACUGUCAUGGAUCCUCCUACUUGUGUAGUUUUUACCUUCAGCUCUUGGAUCAGUGGCUUCAUCAACUCAACAAUCCACACUACCCGCACCUUUCAACAUACCUUCUGUUCCUCUAAUGUCAUAAGCCAAUUUUUCUGUGAUAUCCGACCCCUGUUGAAUUUGGCUUGUGGUGACACGCUAACGACUGAGCUAAUCCUCUUUGUUGUUGGUGGGGCCUAUGGACUUGGGUCUUUUGUUCUGACUUUGGUAUCUUACAUCCACAUUAUUUCCGCCAUACUGAAAAUUAGGUCUAAAGGAGGACAACACAAGGCCUUUUCCACGUGUGCCUCUCAUCUGGUUGUUGUAUCCUUGUUUUACAGCACUUCCAUCUUUGCAUAUUACAGACGAAGCUCUGAAGAUGUAACCGACCAAGAGAAGCUGACCCCUGUGGUCUACGCUGUAAUCACUCCAACGUUGAAUCCGCUAAUUUAUACAAUGAGGAACAAGGAGUUCAAAGCUGCACUAAGCAGGAUGAUUGGGAGAAAGCAACCGAAAAUAAUUAUUCAAAGAAAAAAUGGUAAACAAUUUGCCACGGCCCAAAUCAAUUGA